AUGGAAACGAAAGAAGACAACUCCGUAAAACAUAUCCUAAAGCAGCUAGACAGGUCGCAACAAAUAAUAGCUGAUCAUGCCUUAACGAUAUCAAAUCUCAAGGCACAAAUUGCCAAAUUGGAGUCGGAAGCCUUUGAAAAUGGAAAACAUCUAAAGGAGAUGAAGAAGCACAUUGCCAAGUUGGAGUCCAAAACCAAAAACCAAACCCCUCAGUCCUCGGAAGUGGUCAGGAGCACCGAUCUCAGCACUGGUUGGACAGUCAUUCAGUGUCGUCAGAGCGGACGAUACGAGAACUUGGCAGAUAGUUACAAGAACGCUCUGUGCGGCUUUGGCGAAAUCGAUGGCGACUAUUGGAUUGGUUUCGAGAAAUUGAGCUCUAUUAUGGCCUCGCACAGCCAUGUUUUGGGUAUUCAGCUCACCUAUUCCGAUGGAAGUAAGACCUAUUCGCAAUACGAUGACUUCAAGCUGGGCCGCGGAGGAGAUAGGUUCAGGAUUGAGUCCCUGGGUUAUUAUAUGGGAAACGAUCGGGAUUUUCUGCGUUACUAUAAGGAUCUUCCAUUGGAAGUGUCUCUUACAUGGGCAUGGUGGAAUGUUCCCAGUAAUAUGAGGUAA